AUGUUAUCAAGAGUUGCCAGAUACUCAAGAACGUUAAACCAGUUGACCAGAACCAGUCAAGGUGGUUUAUUGUCAGCUGUGUUGAGAACUUCGAUUCGUCAAAAUUCAACCGACUCACCACCAUCUAACAGUGCCAAUGAAAUUUAUACCAAGCUUUCUGAUACCAAAGAUCCACAACGUAACCAAUUUUUUCAAUAUACUUGGGGUUCCUGGUUGACUAACGAUAAAUCCAAAAAGAAACAGAGAGAAACCACUUUUUCCAUUGAAGGGUUGACAUUAUUUAUCGAUAGAAUCAAUCAAUUGGAAUCAAAACUUGGUCAGCCAAAAAGUUUAGAAGGUGCAUUUGUUUUGACUAACAACAAGGAGUUAUUAGGUUCAACUAAGGAAAAAGUUAUUGUCAGAUCAAUUGCCUCGAUACAUGAGGGUAAACAUCACCGUGUUUACAAAAUCACUUUGAACACUGGUAAAGACUUGGUUUUACGUAUUCCUUACAAAUUAGACUCCGAUGCUGCAAUUGCUUCUAAAUUGAAAAGUGAAGUAGCAACAAUCGAUUUCUUAAAAUUGAAAUUGGGUUUGAAUGUGCCACGAGUUUUGGCGUAUGGUGUAGAUUCCAAUAAUGAACUUAAGAGUCCAUUUAUUUUACAAGAAUUUAUUUCUGGAGAAUUGUUGAUGAAAAAAUGGCACCCAUUGUUGCCAGACUCUGAAGAAACCAACAAAAACUUGCAUGAAGUGAUUGAUCCAAUUGCCCAAUUUCAGGACAAAAUAUUAAGUGUGACAUUUAAGAAAUUUGGCUCAUUAUACUUCCAUGAUGAUGUCGAAGGCUCCUUACAGAAUGAUGUUCCUUACGAAGGCGAAACUGAUUCAACUUUAUCAAACCGUUGGAGAAUUGGACCAAGUGUUGAAAGACAAUUCACCAGAAAUAAAAGCAAGUUGCAGCAAUCCAUUAUUGACCAAUACAACGGUCCUUGGGAUGCUUCAAACACAACUGCAUUGUUAGAGUCAGUUGCUGAUAUUGAGUUGGAAAACGCAAAAAGCAAACUUGCUUUAAUUAAUGCCGAUGCUGGAGCCAAUGAAAAUGAUAAAGUUUUAAUCACCAAGCAAAUUAAAACUUUUGAAAACUUAAAGAAAAUUUCUCCCCAAUUAAUUAAUGACAAAUCAAAGUCAAUUAUGAAUGUUCAAGAGUUAUUUAAACCAAGAUUGUAUAUACCGGAUUUAGAUCCUUUGAAUGUUAUCCAACACACGGAAAGCGAAAACUACUUUAUUGAUUUUGAAGGAUCUACUAUCAAGCCAUUUAUUUUGACUAGCUAUCCGAAAUUUGUUGCUUAUCAAGGUGCUAAAAUCUACAAUUUAGAAGAAGACGUUCCAGGAUAUAAGGAAAUGGAAGAAUUGGAGAAACAGCAAUACGAUUUUAUGUAUUAUAAGACCAGAAAUGAAAGAAUGUGGGAACUUGAAUUGAAUAAAUACAGACACGAUUUGAUUGCUGUUGCUUCUCCUCACAUUAAGGUUUUGAAAAGUCCUUAUUUGCAAGCUUUGGAUAUAAAGAACGGCAAAGACUAUUUAUAUGUUGAAGGGUCCAUCGUCCAAUUACAAGCUAUGUGGGAAGCAUAUGUUGCCAACGAGCUAGUAAAUUCCAAGGAUACAAAAUUCCCAAUAGAAUAUACAGCUGAAUACUUGGAUCAACAUCAACAGGAAUUGAGCGAUUACCAAUUAGAAACCGUCUCAAGUCCAUUUUCAGCAACUGGAGGUUGGAUUCCUCAGGACAUGUUUGAUACUUUGAAGGCACAGGGUAUUCUUGUGGAGACCAAGGAUGGUGAUUAUAAAGUUGAAACCGAAAAGGUGUUAGAAAAUCCACCUUCCCCAUCAGAAGAAAAAUAA